UGUCCAUCAACAGCUUCUAAAUGAGGAACAAAUAAGACGGAGCUUUUGUUUCGUAGUUUAAAGAAUAAACAUUCUCUGGCGGAUUUCUUUUCGUUCCUGAGCAGGGGAAAAUCUUCAAGGACUCUCAGCCGGACUCCACACCUGCUUUGAAAUUUCCACGAAGCUCGCGUUUCUUUACCUUUCAUGGGUCGAUGAUUUUGUCAACAUGACGGUCAGAUAAAACUAAAUUAGCAGACAUCACCAGAAACUCUUUGUCGGGAUGAGCAGUUCUGUGACUUCCGCUACUUACAUUCGCAACAUCAGUUACGGUCUACGCCGCCAGUUGUCCGACUUUCUGGACCCUCAGGACAGGUGGAAGGAUGUGAUUGUGUCCAUACGGAAGCCGAGCGGGGAGCCGAGGUACUCCCAGCUUCACGUCAGGAGGUUUGAAGGUCUUGUGACGCAGGGGAAGAGUCCCACCGUGGAGCUGCUGAAUGACUGGGGAACCACCAACUGCACAGUGGGAGAACUGGUGGAUAUUUUGAAGAGCCGCAAUCUGUUGGCUGCUGCCAGUCUCCUGCUACCUUGGGAAGAAUAUUCCUCGGCAGAGACACACCUGCUGCCCUUACAACUACCUCCUGACAGAGACCCUCCAACCAGACCACUGGAUGAGAUGCAGAGCCAGCCUCCACCUGCACCGGAGACACAAGUACUGAGAGAGCACAGCGAAACAGGACACACAGGUGGCAGCAGUGACUCCUUUGACCCGCUUGCUGUGCAACCAUUGUCAGGCGUCUCCAGUUUUAUGUACAGUGAGCUGAGGAAGAUCACGGGCAACUUUGACGACCGGUCCGUCUCAAACGGUGGCAGCCGACUCGGAGAGGGCGGCUUCGGCACUGUGUACAAAGGCUUCCUGAGCAACAGACCUGUGGCGGUGAAAAAACUAAACCCGAUGGAUGACAUGCCUCUGGACAAGCUGCAAGAUCAGUUUAACCAAGAGAUCCAGACUCUGAAAGUGUUGAAACACGAGAACUUGGUUGACAUGGUUGGAUUCUCAUGCGACGAGCAGCAAAUGUGUAUAGUGUACGCCUUCAUGGCCAAUGGAUCUUUGCUGGAUCGACUCGCUUGCUUGGACAGUAGUCCUCCUCUUUCCUGGCGACAGAGGUGCUUGAUCGCAGAAGGGACCGCUAGAGGUUUGGAGUACCUCCAUAGCAACCGUCAUGUACACAGAGAUGUUAAAAGUGCAAACAUCCUGCUGGAUGAGAACUUUGUGGCGAAAAUCUCCGACUUCGGGCUGACCAGAGCGUCGGCCAAGCACACGUCUACGACGAUGAUGACGGAGAGGGUCGUGGGGACCCGUGCGUACAUGGCCCCUGAGGCCCUGAGGGGACAGAUCACCCCAAAAUCUGACGUGUUCAGCUUCGGAGUGGUGCUGUUGGAAAUAUUGUCUGGGCGCCCGCCAGCUGAUGAAAACAAGGAGCCCCAGUUCCUAAUGGAUAUCAGGGACGACAUCGACGAUGAAGACGAAGAUCUGACCCUGGAGCAGUUUUUGGACAGGAAGAUGACAGACUGGGAGCUGAGCCAGGUGGAGAGCAUCUACUGCUUGGCUUCCAACUGCUUGGACGACAGAAAAAACAGGCGGCCAUUCAUCAAACAGGUUGUUUCAGAGAUUCACAGCGUCAUCAAAAGCAUCUCUCUGGAAUCGUAGGUACGGAGGGAAACAAGAGGCUCACAUUACCUCUGUUCCAAAUCCCAAAAAUUUGAAGAGGAGCACCAACGGGACAUAUCAGUCCUGCUAUGCAGAUAUUUAGCCAUUAGCAUGUCAACAGCUCCAGUCAGAGGCAUCGCCAGAUUCGUUCCAAGACUGACUGCUACUGGAGAUCCCUCCCGUCCACAGCGUCACAUCCAUGACUUUUUAAAGAUACUUGGAGGACAUGAGUUAGAAGAAAAGUGUGAGCACAUAUUUUAAUAAUUUUUUUUUUUAAAGUUGUUUUAUUUUUGAAGAAAUUAAAAAAAUAAGAACCAAAA